AUGCCGCUGCUCUAUGGUGAGGGUCGUCACGCUUGGCAGAGGCUACAGCAAGAACUCAUCAAGACGUCUAACGAUGAGACACUCUUCGCUUGGCGAGAAGGUAUCCCAGGAGUCGAGAAGCACAGCUGUAUCCUGUCGAGUCAUCCCAGAGAUUUUGCGCUCUCGUCUGCCACCAUGAUCUAUCCCAUCGUCGAACGCUUGCCGUAUGGCAUUACCAAUCAGGGACUAGAGAUCAAGUUGAAGGCAGCAUCGGCCUUGGAGUCACAGGUCGGCCUCCCGUAUCCUGGCAAGCUAUUGAUCAUCUCUCUCAACUGCUGCAUAAGAUCUAUGGGCAAUACGUUAAAGCUGUGUCUGCUCGUGCUCUCUCAAAGGCAUAGCUGCGGUCACUACGAGAUGAUCAUGUGCACCACUAUUGGAGCCAUAUACUCUGAGCCUGGAGCAUCUUGUAUCAAUUUUAAGCACGGAACAUUUUCGAUGCUAGAAACCCUGACAGAAUGCGGGCACAAAAUGAUCAACGUUCAUGUCUCUUCUACGGAUAGUUGUACGACCAAAGUUGCUGCAGCCCUGCGCGACGAGCGUUGUACGACAAAUGGUAUUCGUGACGCGCUUUUUGAUGCGCUGGAAGCUAAAGCGGAGCAGAACAAAACGCACAUGGCGAAUUGCAUAAACCCGGAUCAUAACCCUUACUUGGACUACUCAGAUGAUGACUCUGAGGGCCAGGGAAGCAAAGAAAUGUCACUCCGGUGA